AUGUUGAGUGCUUCUCCUACCCCGACAGGUCCUGUCAGGGGCCCCGAUGAUGAAAGAAGCAAGAGACCUUUGGGUUUGUUGCAAAAAACUGAACUUUUUCAGAUGUUGCUGGAGGGACGCGGAGGAUGCCAAGAGCCUCGUGGCUCUUCGUGUGCGCCGCUGGAACCAAUCCCCAUCAGGGUCUUAUCAAGUGCACUAGAAAGACUUUUCCUAUUGUUUUUUUCCCCGCCAGUACCACCAAAGAAGCCCGAAAUCUACAACGCCACCAACCAUCUUGUUGUGGGCCAGUCGGGAGCAUCUAUUAUUGGUCCCUAUAACGAGGGUGACCCAAUGGAACUGAUCUGCAAAGUCACUGGAGGGCGACCGGCACCGAUAGUGAUGUGGCUGAUUAACGACGAGGUGAAGAGGACCGAGGUUGUCGAGGAAGAAGAGGGCAUCCUGAGUGCCUCCGUCAGAGUGCCAGAGCUCACCCGCCGGCACCUCCAUGCUGUCCUCGAGUGCCGGGCCUACAACUUCAAUGGCUCCAUCCCUGUUUCUUCCACCGUCACUCUCGAUAUGAACUUCCGUCCCGUCAACGUGACCAUCCUGAGUGGCAUGGAGAGCCUGAGUGCCGGCUCUGAGUACGAGCUGGUGUGCCAGGCCUGGGGGUCGAGACCUGCUGCCAUCAUCAGCUGGUGGAAGGGUGGCACUCUGCCACUUAAAGACGCCGUUAUGACGACGUCUCCGGACAGCAACGUGACGACGUCCAUCCUCAAGUACCAGGCUGAGAUGACUGACAGCGGCAAGUACCUGACCUGUCGUGCCCAGAACCAGCUCAUCCCCCAGUCUGCCCGCGAGGACGGCCUCAAACUCAACAUAUUCUACAAGCCGGUGGUGACGCUACAGAUGGGCAGCAAUCUCAACCCUGACAACAUCAAGGAAGCUGACGACGUCUAUUUUGAGUGCCACAUCAACGCCAACCCCGUGGUUCACCGGGUCACCUGGUUCCAUAACGGGUCCCCCGUGGAGCACCGCGUCACUAAGGGCAUCAUCCUACAGAACCAGACGCUGGUGUUGCAGAAGAUCACGAGGGAGGCCGCCGGACUCUACACUUGUGCCGCCGUCAACCUGGAGGGCGAGGGAGAGAGUCAACCCGUCAACCUCAGAGUCAUGUACAAGCCGUACUGCCGGCGUCACAGCAAGACCAUCUACGGCACGGCGCUGCACGAGCCAGCCAGCGUCACGUGUGAGGUGGAGGCCAGCCCGGGACCCGUCACCUUCCGCUGGACCUUCAACAACACCUCCGAGCACCUGCCCAUCCCAGCCUCCGCCGUCACCUCCCAGGGCCGCCGGACCCUCCCAAGAACUGCUCCAUCGCCAACCAGACGACGGACACCAUAGAGGUGGAGUGUGUAGCGGCUUUCGACGGCGGUCUUCCCCAGACAUUCUACAUGGAGGUGUACGACUCGACGACGGGGGCGCUGCACCGCAACUUGUCGUCGGGGGAGCCUCUGUUUCACCUGACGGAGCUCCGGCCGGGCCUGGCCUUCCUCAUGGUCACAUACGCCGCCAACUCCAAGGGCAGGAGCGACGUGGCCAAACUUGAGACUUUCACCCUCAAGGUGGCCGAGAAACGCACAGGUCCGCCAGCGCUGCUCGAGUUCACACCCUUCCUGGGAAUCGUCAUCGGGGUGGUUCUGGUCAUCUUCCUCGUUGUUAUCGUCAUCAUCACAGUUUUCAAGUUCCGGAAGCCACAGACGAAGCCGGAGGAGAGCGGCCCCAGCGAGGAGUACAAGGGCGACCUGGAGAACAAGCCGCUCAACGUUGGAGUUCUGAGGGCGAGGGUGAAGGAGGGAGUCAGCGCGGGGGAGGCGGAGGACAACGACCCGGAUCUAAUCCCCCACAGGGCGGACCUGAUGCCGUACCCGCACUACGAGGCCAUCGACCAAGGCGCCGCUGCUCACCAGUCCCACUUCGGGGGAAACUUCGAAGUGUCGCCGACGGUGAGAACUAUGCCUCUGCAGCAUAACCAAACUGGGCCUGGUGGUGAAGUCACGUAUGUGGAGCUGGCCAUGCCCCUGGAGAACCAGAGUGGUGCUGCCACCUACAGUGGUGCUGCCAGCUACAGUGGUGGCGGUGGUGGAGGUUAUAGUGGUGGUGGUGCUGGAGGUUAUAAUGGUGGUGGCGGCAGUGGUGGAGAACCUUGUAUAUACGCCACCAUCGACCACAGGAGGAGCCUCACCAUCAACCCCCCAUCACAGACCGUGGCUUCUUCCCCUGCCAGUAACCCGGGCAGCACGUACGCCUCCCGUGACUACAGGAGAGGGAACGGCAGCUUCCACCACCACGCCAGCAACCCCAACCUAUACGCCACACUGGACCACAGACGGGGCGGCACCACCACCACCACCUCCACCACGAAUCCCAGUCUCUACGCCACUUUACCGCACCGAAAGGACACAUUUGUCACCAGCAUCAGCACUACCAACAUCAACAUUUCUCCACCUGGAUUUAGAGACAUCAGAAUGAGCUUGCGGACUCCCUUGGUGAGGAGGCCAAGCGAGAGUGCUGUUUAAACGGAAGAAACGUGUAAUGAAUUCAUACUACAUAAUUAAUUCUGACAAAAAUGGUCUGAGUUGCAGUUAUCACAUUAAAUAAAAAAUACAUCCUGGUACAAACGAGUUGGUGUAAGUUCUGUAAGAUAAGUUACGCCAGAAGGCAGCAUCCGGGUGAACUGUCGUAUAGAGUUUGUGUGUGUGUGUGUGUGUGUGUGGAAGAGAGCAACAGGCCUGCUGUCUCACAGCCUGGUAGGUGGACACACACACAGGGUGCUGGUCCACAUGUACUGGUAUUGGUGUUAUGUGCAACGGUGAGCUAAAUGUUGCCGGGGUUUAAUUGAGGUCGCGUCUUGUACAUAUGAUUGAUCAUCAAUUUCGAUUUUCUGUUCUUUAAAUACUUAAUAUGUGUUGUAUUUCAUGACGAUAUACAGAAGUUCUUAUCUACUUCAUAUUUUAUAAAUCUGUGACUGCAGUGCUCCCAUUCUAUUCCAUUUGUAGCAUUUUAAUUUUAUUGCAAUUGCCUUAUUUCAGUUCAGAUUUAGAAUUUGAUAAUAGCUAAUAUUUUUAAGUUAAGAGACAUUGGUGAUAUCUUAGCAGGAUCCAUCAGGCUGGCUUCGGACACUGUCCGCCUCACCUCCAUAUUGUACGUGUGUAAAUACCUGUAAAUAUUUAAGUGUCUAAGUGUACAAUGUGUCUGUUUAUAUGACUAAAUAUCGGAACAAAUUUACAAACUGUAUGGUAUCCAGUGACCUCAUGAGACAGUGAAAAUGUUGAUUCUGUAAAGAGAGGGAGAGGGGCAAAGGAGGAAGUACCCUUUGCUUCCAGAAAAGUGACGGGACCAAGAUUUGCUGACAAAAAUAAUAGGGCCAAGAGAUGCUGACGACGUCACUACGUCACCAAGUAACGAGGUGGAGACAUGUCGACAAUGUCACGCCGUCUUCAUGUGAGACAAGUUGACAUGUCUCUCUCAGUUUCUUCCUUCUUCCGGUGACGUGUGGUUCUUGUUUUGAACUAUUUGUCUGUGCCACUUGCCUGCCAUCUUUGGGGCCAGUCUAAUGGUA